CUGAAAGUGGUCACAAGCAUUUACCUAAACAUACAAAGGAUGCCGAACGGUUCUUCAAAGAGUUAUUGCUUGUUAUUAGGGUUUCCAUUAGGGGUUCUUCUUCUUUUCCUCGUCUUCUCCUCUUUCCCUAUGAAUGAAUCUCCACAUCAACAGUUCUUUUCUUCACUGACUCUGUCCUCUCUUAUUGACCACACGAACGCAUUACAAUCCUCAUCUUCUACUUCUUUAUCAAACUCUCCUCCGAUUUCGAUAAAGAAAAGGAGCAUUAAUCUUGAGAGAAGAGAAGAAGAGUUGAGGAAAGCAAGGGUUGCAAUCAGAAGAGCCGUCAAGUUUAAGAAUUGCACGUCCAACGAAGGCAUGACUUACAUCCCCACAGGCCAAAUAUACAGAAACUCAUUUGCCUUUCAUCAGAGUCACAUAGAAAUGAUGAAAAGGUUCAAAGUAUGGUCGUACAAAGAAGGAGACCAGCCGCUGGUUCAUGGUGGACCGGUGAACGAUAUCUAUGGAAUCGAGGGGCAAUUCAUCGACGAGCUCGAAAACGUGAAGGGCGGCCUAAGCGCCCGGUUUAGGGCUUCCCAACCUGAGGAAGCUCAUGCCUUCUUCUUGCCCUUCUCCGUUGCCAACAUUGUCCACUACAUUUAUAAACCUAUCGUGUCACCUGCCGAUUUUAGCAGAGCUCGUCUCCACCGAAUUUUUAAUGACUACGUAGACGUUGUGGCUCGCAAGUACCCUUUGUGGAACCAAAGCAAUGGUGCUGAUCAUUUUAUGGUUUCCUGCCAUGAUUGGGCUCCUGACGUGCCUGGUAGUAAACCAGAGUUUUUCAAAGACUUUAUAAGAGGACUUUGCAACGCCAACACAUCGGAAGGUUUCAAACCGAACAUCGAUUUCUCUAUACCUGAGAUUAACAUUCCUAAAGGAAAGCUAAACCCACCGUUCAUGGGCCAAAACCCUGAGAAUAGGACGAUCUUGGCUUUCUUCGCAGGAAGAGCUCAUGGAUAUAUAAGGGAAAUCUUGUUCAGUUACUGGAAAGGUAAGGAUAAAGACAUUCAAGUGUACGACAACCUCUCAAAGGAACAAAACUAUCACGAAUUGAUAGGUCAUAGCAAGUUUUGUCUUUGUCCUAGUGGCUACGAAGUGGCUAGCCCAAGAGAAGUAGAAGCCAUCUACUCGGGAUGUGUCCCUGUUGUGAUAUCUGAUAACUACUCGCUUCCUUUCAACGAUGUGCUUGAUUGGAGCAAGUUUUCGGUUGAGAUUCCAGUCAAACAAAUUUCUGAAAUCAAGAAAAUCUUGCGGGAGAUUCCACAUGACAAGUAUUUACAGAUGCAUCAAAAUGUAAUGAAGGUUAGAAGACAUUUUAUGGUGAAUCGUCCGGCUCAACCGUUUGAUGUCUUCCACAUGAUACUUCACUCUGUUUGGUUAAGGAGACUUAACAUUAAGUUGCCUUCUUGAUUUAAAAUCCUUUUCACUAUUUAAAAGCUUUUAGCUACAACCAAAAAAAAAAACUCUUCCAUUCACUAGUUGAAUUGUCACAACAAUACAUGUCUGAUAUCAGGAAGCAAUGUCUUUGUACUCCAUAAACAUGUGGGCGACUGUAGAGAAAACUAAGUCCACCCCCCUGAGAAACAUACGUUCUCUGCCUUACUGAUGCUAGGACUUUUCAAGGGUCCUUAUCAAAUGAUGUAGUAUAAAAGAUUGUCGAACCAAUGAUUCUAAUGCACUGGGAAUGCAAGUCUAUGCUUAAUCUAAGUGCAACCAAUUGAGUGAAGUGAAGUGAACUAAAACUAGACUAGAAAUGCAAUAAAAGAAUGAAC